GGCUGCAGCAAUGGUGAUAGAAGCUAACCCUAUUGCUGAUAACCGGACAGAUGAUCGUGUUCACGGCAGCUCCUUACGGCCUAGGGCGGGCGGUGACGUCAUCCAAGACCGUUCAGUCGGAACCCUCGAUCUGAAUAUGUCGUACUCUGCGCCCUCCAACUUAGUCCUCACACCGGCACCUGAAUGUCGGAAGCUCUCGCGCGGUAUAUCCCGAGCGACAGACAACGAGGGGCUAGUAUGGGCCCUGCGCAGCAACACGGAACCUGAACCCAACACCCUCUCCUCCGACCACAUCCUGUUGCUGCCGGACAUCUCAGUCUACCCUCCAGACUUUAGGAUAUUCAUCGAGAAGGACCUCCUCGAGACAGCUACACUAGUGACUCUAGAAUCCGCUGGUAUUCUCAACUGGUGGCGCCAAGGCCGCGUGCCGGGCGCGCCGCGUUUGCUACCCCUGGCCACGUCAGGGGACGGCAACUGUUUGCCGCACGCUGCCUCUCUGGCCGCGUAUGGGUUCCACGACAGACUCCUCGCUUUGAGGACGAAGGUGCAAGCGCUUUUGUCUGGUGAAGAAGGCGAUGUACUUACUAGAGCAAUAAAACGCCGCUGGCGCUGGUCCGAGAGCCUCUCGCUGAAGUCAGCCGGCCUGACGCCGUCGGAGUCGGAGUGGGAGUGCGAGUGGCACGACGCGGUGCGGGCGGCGUCAGCGGAGCCGCGGCCGCGCCCGCAGCCGAGCGCGGCGCCGCACUACGCGGGCCUGGAGCAGCUGCACGUGUUCGCUCUGGCGCACGUCAUGCGGCGCCCCGUCAUCGUGUUCGCGGACGUCGCGCUGAGGGAUUUCCGUGGCGAUCCAGUAGCACCAAUCCCCUUCGGUGGCAUCUACCUGCCGCUGGAGUUGGAGCCAGAAGUCUGCAGCAAAGCGCCGAUACUACUAGCGUAUGACGCUGGUCACUUCUCAGCCCUAGUGCCUUGCGAGCCCUUGCCUACUGAUGGAGCCAGGGUGCCUUUGGAAGACCAGGCCGGGAAUCCUAUGCCUAUUCGGUUCAACGUGGACCCAGGCCACGAUUUCCGGUGGGAGAUUGAACCCGACCAGAAGACCAUAAACAACCUCCUCCCAGACGAGUACCAGCGCUCCGCCAUGUUAGCCGGGUACCUCGACCUGGAGCGCGUGGAGUGCCUCUCCCACAGCCCUCCGCCGGAGGAGCUGAGGAGGUCCCUCGACGCGCUCUCCACCAAGAGCUCCAAACAAUUCAACUCUGUUGCCAAACAAUUCGGAAGCAUUGGAAGGUCAAUGAGCAGUAAGCUGAAGAAGAACUUCGGCUCUAUAACCAAGCUGGGCGGCAAGAGCGGCAGCCAGAGCAACCCCGAGGAGGGCCUGCUGCGGAGACAGUCCACGUGCGAGGUGCUGUGCUGCAGAGUGCUGGCGGCCAGGGCACCAGUCCAGGAAGAGAUGGUCAAGAACUACCUCAAUGAAGCUUGGAUUGGUUACACAGCGGAAAAGAACCGCAAAGAGCAGAACCAGUCCGUACCGUCCCAACCGAGGUACGGUACCGGCCGGUCCCAGUUCUACGCCGAGGCGGACCGAGCGGCGCACGAAGUCGCCCGUACCCUGACCACACGGUCCGCGAAGCCUGCACAGGAUCGAACCUUGUACUUAUCGAAGUCUACGUUCUACGAUGACCGUCCCCCGUCCCCCAAACCCUGUAGGGCCCCCUUGUGUAUGUAUUAUGGCAGUCCGGCGAACAAUGACUACUGUUCUAGAUGCGCCAAGUUACAGUAAGUGCUUCCAUUUUUAAUAUAAUAGUUGUUAGAUUAUUUUAUUGUAUUUUUGAUUUCUAAAGUGACAAUUUUGGUAAAAGAAAUUAUUAAAUAUCAUUUAUAUAACCGAACUUUUCCUUCUUUGAAAAAAAUCUUUAUUUCUAGUUCUAAAAACCACAUAUUUAAAACAUGCUCUUGAAAAUUAACUUAACACAGUGAUGCCAGACAUCCCGAUUUUGGCAGGAUAUCCCGGUUUUUAAAUUAAAAUUAAUUUUCUAUGGAUAUAUUUUUAUAUACCUAUAGAAUUAUUAUAUCAUUUCAUAUUUUUAUUAUCUAUUGUCACGUCAACGUAAUUUUAACACAAAUAAAAAGAUAAAUAUUCAAAAACUUUUGAUUAUAUACUUUUUUUACGAUGUCCCGCUUUUCACUAAAAAACUUCCUAAAUCUCGACUAUGUUCGUCUUUAUGUUCUUUCUUUCCGUACCUUAUUACUUAUCACUUGCAUGGUGCACCACAAUAAAAAAAUAUUAAAAUGGAGGCGGAUCGGUUAUUUAUUGCUGUUAUGAGUAGGUAUGUUCAUUUAAUACAAAAAACUUGGCGCAUACACUGCCGUGUCCAUUUUUUUUAGUUUAUUUAACUUGAAGCUGGUCAUUUAUUCCAUUUAAUUUUUUUAUUUAAUUAUUUUUAUUUUUAUGUGUUCAUGUUGUGUACAUUUUCCAAAAAAAAAUCUUACCAAAACUAUCACUUGUGAAAUCAUAUAUUUUUGUGUCUUAGUGUUAAGUAAAAAUACUCCCCCAACUAAAACAAAGUAGUUACAAUAAUACAAAUUAUAUAUAAUCAUUGUAAUUAUAUAAUGUUAAUUACAUAUAUAUUUUUGUAACUGAUUAUACAGAAAUAAUUAUUUUUCUUAUAAUCGUAACACCAAAAUGUUCUGAAAGGUUCAGGUUAUAGCUUUAUUUAGAUUUUUUUCUCGGAAGAAUAUUAAUGAUUAACAAAACAUUUUGCUUAAAAAAAGGCUAAUCUUGGUUGAAAAUUCAAAUAUUUUUAAUAAAUAUGUAAUAUAUAAAUUAUGUAAUGGUAAAAUGUAUUAUUAUGAUAUGUUUACCUUUUAAGCCGACUUUAAAGUUAUUGUCAAAGAGCUAUAAUCUGAAGCAAAAAUAAUAAAAAUUCUACUUACAUAAUUCAUUAGAAUUUAUGAUAUUAUUAUUGUUAACUAGAUACAGGAUAUAUUAAUAUACGACCGUAUUAUUAGUUCGUAAAAACUAAAAAAGUUUUAAUGUAGAAUAUCUACUUAAAAAGUAUUAUUAAACGCAAAUUGUAACAUUUUUGUUAAUUUUAAUGUUUUUUUUUACAUUAUAGACGUUUAAGAUUGUUAUUUUUUAUGUGCAAUUUGUCAUAAUAGUUCCUCCAAUAUUGUACAUCCAAAGCUUCCAUUGUAGAAGUAAAUAGCCUAAAACCACAUUCGAACUACAGUCCGGUCGCUCAGUGAUUGCGUUUGUGACAGGUCGUGAUUGAAUGGGCGAAAUUUUAAUAUCUUUUAUUAACCUUUAUAUUGAGUAAUAACAUUAAAAAAAUAAUUAUAAGUAAAUAAACGUAUUAAUUUUGAGCUAAAAUUAUUGGCAAUUAAUCAAUAAACAAAUAUAAAAAGGUUACAUUGACAGCUGUCAGAAACGCAAUCUCUGAGCGGCCGGACUUUAACAGACACACUUAGCUAGAGAGUUUAGUAUGUUAUAUUGUACUUAUUAAUAUAAUUUUAUAGGCACAUACUAGUCUAGUCGUUAAAAAAGUCUGUCAGUUCGAAUAUGAAUAUUAAUUUGUAUUGGUCUCAGACCAAUUACCUUUGGACUUGUAUUGCAAUCAAAUUCACCAACAAAAUUGUCUAUCGUUUUUUAAAGGGGGGUGUGGUAGACUCACACAUCCAAAAUAUUUAACACCAAUAAAUAUAUCUUGUGUACCACAACUAUAAAUUUAUUUAUUAGGUUUAUUUACAAUUACUUACACUAACUAAAAUAAUAAAAUGUAACUAAAUUAUAAAUCAAUAUAAGUGAUUAUUUACAAAUAAACACAGCAUGGAAUAAAGAAGAAAAGUAAAUAAAAGAUAACUUAAAUAUCACAAAUAUAGAACAUACAUACUUGUAUUAUUAAUUUAAAAAGAAAAAAUAAUGAGAGAAAAAAAGAAACAGAAUGAAAUAAGAUGAGCACAUUAGUCAUAAGAGUACCAAGUAGAUAUGAUUUUUUUCUUUUCCGAAUAUAUUGAUUCAGAGUAAAUGUUUACUUUAGGACUUGAACUUUUUAUUCAAUUAAUUUAAAACGUAAUACACACGCGUGUAAAUUUAACACAAUGAAACAUCAAUUUUACGCAAUUUGUAUAAACACGUUAGAUCGUGAUCAUAUAGUUUUGACAAAGGGGUAACGUCUAGCGAGGCAUGUCCUAUGGUAAUUGGUCUGAGAUAUUACUGAUAGUACCUUACUGUUCUGAACGAUCAUUAAAUUUGCCCAAACUUAAUUAUUUUACAACAAUGGGUCCAGAUAAUACUGUAAAAUCACAUUCGGAAUAACAGAGUAACUGUAGCUAGAGUUUAAUAUUUGAAGUUGUACUUAAAAAUCUAAAUUUUAUAAGCAAAUACCACUCUAGAGUCUAGUCGUUAAAAGUCUAUUAGUCCGAAUUUGAUUUUAUUGUAUUUUAUUUUUAAUUUGAACUUGGGUUAUGGCAUAAAUUAUAUUAAUUCAUUUUACACGUUUUUUGUAUGCUGAUUCAUGUAUUAGACUAUGUUUGGACUAACAUAAUAUUAACGAUUGCUAAUUUUUUUUUUUUUUUAAUCAUCAGAAAUUUAUUAUUCUGAUACAUCUGUAUUACAGAUUAAUGAUAUCAUCUGUAUUUUGUUUUAUUGCCAUUUAAAAAAGCAUUCUUAAGCCCCAAUAUUUAAGUAAAUAUAUAAGUAUUAUAAUGAAAAAAAAUAUUGAACACUUAAUGUGGCGAAUAAUGUCUUUGACAGUAAUAGUAUUUUGUGAUUUUAAAUUAUAGACUGUUAUAUGAUGAGCCAAUCGCAGAGCUUCAUAACGGAAUUUUAAAUUAGGAAUUAAUAUAGUUACAUGGUAAAAUUAAUGUUAAAAAACAAACACCAGAAAAUACUUGUGUUCACUAUAUUGUGGAAUAAGACCUUGGAUUCUUCGUAAUAGGAGAAUUAUUUUUAAAAUACAGAUUACAUAAAUGUUUAUUUCUAUAAUUACUAAUCCAAAGGAUUUUUUAAAGAAAUAGCAUCUGCACUUGAUUGUGAAUGAAUAGUAAAAUUUUAGAUACCUCUAAAAAUUUUGAUCUUUUGUUAGACCUUAAUUUUUGUGAUCCUAAUAAAAGAUAAAAUAUGCAUCCAAAUGUAUCAAGAACUUGGGAAUAUUAUACUCUGCUCCUCAUUAAAAAAAAUAUGUUCAAAUAAAACAUUUGAUCUUCUAGUCCCAUAUUAUUAGAAUUUAAAAGUUUAGUUUUAAAUUGUUUAGUCUCAGACUAAAAAUAAGAUAGAUAGAGUGAAGAUAUACAAUAGAAUCUGGAAACACUUAUAUUCAAAACGCGCUAUGUCUAUAUAUUAUGUUUAGAGUGUUUUUAGUGCAAUAUCAGCUACAACUUUAUUUUAACCAGUGGAAAUGUCGCCCAAUCAAACAAUCUGUGAAUUAUUUUAUAAAUCAACCAAUAUAACAUGUAAAAUAUAGAGAAACCUUUAUAAAUAAAAAGAAAGACGCGCUCAAAAGACCUAAUUUAAUUUGUUUAUCCCACAAUAAUUAUGUAACAAUGUAGAUGUAAGAGUCAAUAACAAUAUGGAACAAUAUGUCCUUAUUACUUAGAAACAUUAUUUAAUAGUAUGAUCAGUGAUCACUAGGUUGUUUUGUAAAGUUUAGUGAUAGCCCUGUUUAGCAAGAUUACGAAUGAGACCCCUCUAUCUAUCUUCCAUUAGUCUCUGUAGUUAGUUUUAUAUGUAAGUCGAAUUAUAUGUACUUUUUAGUGUUGUUUACUUAUCAUGCAUAAAAAGUUAACUUUUCCCACCAUUUUGUUUUUAGGUUAUGUUAUCCUAUCACCCUAAACACUUACUAAUUUUGUUAUUUUUUAGCUUUAUAGAUCUGUGAGGUGAGUGUUAUAAAGUGAGAUUACAUGACAUAAGAUUAACUCCUGUUAUUGAUGAAUACUUAAAAGAUGUAUUUUAAAAAAUGUUAAACAGAUGGUACUGUUAUAUUUUUCAUAAUACCUUACGGUUAAGAAGAGCAUAUCAUGUUUUGUAGAAAUAUAAAUGGUUAUGCAAAUGUGA